AUGCCCUCUCUUCUAUCCGAAUAUGGAAAAAGAUUUGAGGAUUGGAUGGUAGAAGCGUUUUAUCAGUAUGGUCUGAUACUGGGUAAACAUCCAUUUUGGUUUUUAUGGGGUCCUCUGAUCUUCACUGCAUGCUGUACACCUGGAUUGUUCUGGCUAAAAAUCAAUCUUGAUCUCUACAAACUUUUCGUGCCUACUGAUGCACCGGUUCGAUAUGAGUUCGAACGAAGUCUCGAAUUCGAUCGAAUGCCAGCUGGUGAUUUAACAUCGAAUGGGCCGAUAAAAGGCGGGAAACGAAAUCAAAAACGACGUCCACGUGAAAUUUUCGAUAUCCAAGAUAUCGAAAUGGAUCGACUUCGUCAGGAUUUGGAACUAUUAAUGUUGGAUCAGGCUGAAUUAAAUAUAACACGGAUUAAAAGACAAACAAAAAUGGAUCCACAUAAGGAAGAAAUGAUGGUGAAAAAAGCCCAGGUUCGACGAUCUAAAGCACCGAUUAAGAACGACAUUUUACGAUUUUAUGUUGUACAUAAAAAUUUCGAUAAUCUGCUACAAUCGAAAUAUCUUGGACCACUCUAUGAAUACACUAAUAAGAUGAUGAAAGUUACGAUGGAAUUCCGCGGUGAACAUUAUGAUUUGGAGGAUUUUUGCCAGAAAGAUGCCGCUCAAAAGGAAUGCGACAAUAAUCUGAACGUAUGGAUUAAACAUGCGGAUGUUUUGUUUAAAGAUGGAAAAAUUAAAACAAAUCCGAAUCUUCAACUAUCCUAUCCAGUACUUUAUCUUUUCAACAGACCUAAGGAUAUAGGAAAUGUAAUUUAUGGUGUUGACGUGAAAGGUGAAAAGAAUGAAAUUCAAGGAGCAAGAGUUCUUACACUUCACUGGUUCAUUCAAUAUCCUGGAUCACCCGAGAACAACGCAGCAUACUAUCAAUUCAGAGAGACAUUAAUGGAUUUCUGGCGUAAAAUAAUGGAAGAAACCGAAUUUGAGUUUAUUCCACACAACGAUAAAGCUAUGGACGAUGAAAUGAUGAAAAUCAUUGAAACAACCGUACCAUUUGCUUUUCCGGCUACAGUAAUGCUCAUGAUUUAUGUAGUGUUUUCAAAUUGGAGUUCUGUUAAACAAAAGUCAAAACCAUUGGAAAUGUAUUUGGGAGUUUGGUCGGUAAUUCUGGCUCUUAUAUGUACAUUUGGAAUUUUCUUCUUUCUUGGUGUCGCCUUCAAUCCAGUAACAUCAACGAUGCCAUUCCUAGUGUUAGCAGUUGGUAUCGAUGAUGAUUUCUUAAUGAUAGCCGCAUGGAGAGAGUUGGAUCGAAAAAUCCCCCUACAUCAACGUGUUGCUCUGGUUAUGGCUGAUGCUGGAGCGUCAAUUACCGUGACAUCGUUCACGAACUUUUUCUGUUUCGGACUUGGAUACUUCAUGUGUUCAACUCCUGCUGUUGCUGAUUUCUGUAUGAUCACUGCUUGGGCAGUGCUUAUCGAUUAUUUUAUGCAGAUCACAUUCUUUGCUGGAGUCCUGUGUUAUUCAGGACGUAAGGAGGAAACUGGUGGAUUGGCUUCAUGUUGCUAUAAAAAUGAUGAUCAGCCAGAAAUUGCUGAAAUCCCAGCGGCGGUUGAGAAAACUGUUGAGGUCGAGGUCGACUGUCAACAUCAUGCAAAGGCAGCCAGCUUACCGUAUAUGCAUAAAUUCUUCGGAGAAACUUUUGCACCAAUUAUACUUCGUCGAGAUGUACGAAUUAUUAGCUGGAUCGGUUUCAUUAUUUACGCAUGUGUUGCAAUGUAUGGUUGUUGUCAGUUGAAGGUCGAUAUUAGUCCAGUGAAAUACAUUCGUGACAACUCUCCUAUCCAGACAUUUGUGAAAUUAGCUGACAAAUAUAUCUGGGCUGAUAAUGUGAUGCCAUCAUUCUACAUUAUGAAUCCUCCGGAUCUUCGGGAUGCUGGAAAACGAGCUCGUUUAAAUGAACUUGUUUAUCGAUUGGAACACACUAAUUACUCCAUUGGAAGAGUAUCCACAAAUUUCUGGAUGUGGCAAUAUCAACAAUAUUUGAAUGAUUUUCCUGAUGUCGACUAUCAAAAAGAUUUUUAUAAUAAGAAGUAUCUUAGAGAUUUUUUCAAUCAAAUUGAUUAUUCACAAUAUCGUGAUAAUGUGAAGUUUCUUAAUAAUGUCAGUAAUGGAGAACCAUGUAUUGCUGCAUUUGCCUUUGAAACUUCAUAUUACGGUCUAGAUAGCUGGGACAAACGACAGGCUGAACUCUUUCAUUGGCGAGCGAUUCUGGACGAGUAUCCCGAUUUCGACAUGUUUCUUGCUGGUAUAUUUAGUCCAUUCCUUAUCGAUCAACGUCAUACUAUAGCCCCAUCGUCAAUGCAGACGAUUGGUUCGGCUCUUGCUAUGAUGGCGCUCAUUUCAUUCUUCUUUUUACCGGAUGCGCAAUCUGUUUUUCUCAUGACAUGGUCGCUGUUGUCAAUUUCAAUGGGGGUUUGCGGUGGUUUAGCAAUGCUUGGAUCGGAUUUAGAUUCUGUCAGUAUGGGUUGCAUAGUUAUGGCUAUCGGAUUAGCGGUCGACUACUCGGUACACAUUUGUUACAGAUAUCAUCGUUCUGAAUACACUAAAGCCUCAGAUAAGGUACGUGAUACGUUGUGUUCGGUUGCUUGGCCAAUUACGCAAGCAGUUACGUCAACGUUGUUCGGGUUGUCUUCAACCGCAUUUGUUCCUGCUUACCUUGUCAGGGUAUUCUUCCAGACGGUGUAUCUUGUAAAUAUUAUAGGAUUAACACAUGCGCUCAUAUGGUUACCACAACUAAUUGCUGCACUAGAUCCAUGUGAACGAAUCCCUUUGAGGUUACGCUUAAAAAAGCACUAA